UUCAGACGAAGAUGGCUGCCCCUCAUCUGAGCCUCUUCAUAAAGGAUUAAAUUGGCCCGGAACAAUAGAAAGUGUUAGAAACUAGACGUGUUUGGACUCACGGGGUGAAGUUUGCAGAGCGAUGCCAUCAGAGACUAAAAAUGUGAGCGAUUCCACCUUAACUCUUCCUGUUCCAAGAUCGGCCGACAAAUGAGCCUAAGAUGAUGCACCAGGUGAGCAGUGGCAGCAGCAGCGGGGACUUCUGUCUGAGUGCGCUGAGUGCGGACGACUGUCACCCGGCCGGACACUUCGAUUUAUGUAGCACACAGUCCAACAAAUUCUACGCCUCGCCUGCAGGAGCCAGUCUGCAGCUGGCGCUCACCGGCCUGCAUCCUUUACCGCAGGGCAUCCACAAACACAUGGCGUGCCAAGUGCAAGACGCGCACCCCGACUUUCAGGUGCAAACCGUCAGGGUCGGAGGCGGCGAGACCCCGACCCCGACUCCCGCCGGCACCAAGAAAAAGAAGGACGCUGUGAAAUCGGGGAAGAGAGGGAGGCCGUCGGGGACCACAAAGUCUGCUGGUUACCGCACCAGUACCGGACGACCGCUCGGGACCACCAAAGCUGCUGGGUUCAAAACCAGCCCCGGAAGGCCUCCUGGUACCACCAAAGCAGCGGGGUACAAGGUCAGUCCCGGGAGGCCCCCCGGAAGCUUAAAGAGCCUUGAUCGGCUCAAGAAGCUGGAGUUUGGUUGCGACACCUCCAAGAAACUGAACUUGAGUGAUUGCAGUGACCCCAAGAAACUGGACUUUGGUCUGUGUGAGGUUCCGCCUUUUCCUUACACCAUGAUGGAGAAAAGAGACCUCUGUGAGCCCACUGGGAAAGGGGCUGAAACCAGAGAGUAGAUCUGCAGUGUUUAUCCAAAAAAACAAACAAAAAACUGCUCAGAAUAUCUGAAGGAAGAACAUUUUAUUAUUUUCUAUCAGUGUUUGAUUUCAUGCACUCAUCUUAAAGGAGUUAAAUCUCUUGACUUUGUGUGUUGUUCGUGCUUUGCAGAGGUGCAUGCGUCUUAAAUCACACUCCAGCAGAAGUAAAAGAAUAUUUAUUAGUCUGUGGCCCAAAACGCACAGGAUUUCUCUGAGUUGUUGCCUUUGUGUUGAUUCAUUUUGGAAGUUAUGUAGCAUUUUUACAUUAAUAAAAAAAAGAGUGCAUUUAGUAGAAAAAUAUUAGCUUUUUCUGCAGCAUAUGUGUGCAAGUGUAGUCCAGUACAACGUGUUUAAUUAUGCAGUCAUAUCUCACAUCAUACCUAAAAAUGCGUUUUAAUCAUAAACAUGUUGUUAUUUUACGCUUCGUAAAUCCGUUUUUGCGUUGUAAAUGCCCAUUUUGUCCUCAAACCCACUUGAGAUGCAGAUGCAGGCAUACAUGUGUAUGUGUUGAAUGUUCAUUUAAAAACAAACAAACAAAUUCUUUGUGUAUUAAUAUUGUAUAAUAAAUGGCGUGCUGUACGUAAAAGCAAAAAUAAAACUGCAUUUUUCACUUA